AUGGCCCUAUCUAACGACAUCUCUGCGCUCAUUGGGUUCGCUUGUGAAACGACGCUUUGGGGGGUCUACUGCGUCCUUUUCGCACUAUCCCUUGGAUUGCUGUAUCGGCGCAACCAGAAACUCGGAGACAUGAAUUCGACCAUCCUCGUGACACACUGCCUCCUUUUCGGAGCAAGCACCGCCCAUUACGCCCUGGAGUUCAACCAUUUCUACACGGUUUUGCAAGCCACUGGCGUUCCGGGAUUCGCGAACGAAACGAAGCCAUUGGUCGGAGCAGACCUCCUGAUAUCGCUCGCCGACUUGCUGGGCGAUUCAGUGCUCAUCUACCGAUGCUGGAUCUUGUGGCGAGGCAACUACUGGGUAGUCGGUGUCCCCAUCAUGUCCGCGAUAGCCGGCUUCGCAUGUCUCUCUCAAGUCGUCCACUUCGUCGUCACGCAGUCCCCUACCUCACCGGUCCCGCCAACUGCGCAAGUGCCGCUCACCGUGGCAGGCUACGCACUGCCAUUAUGCACCAACGUCAUCGCGAGCGGGCUCCUCGUGUUUAAAAUCUGGUGGAUGGCCCGGGGUACGCGGUCCGGGCACACCCUGCAGAGGACGAUCCGGCUCGCGAAUGAUGCGGCGGCGGUGAUCGUCGAGAGCGGCCUCAUCUACCUCGCCACGCAGCUCGUGCUCGUAGUGCUCGUCACCAUCGAGCACCCCGCGCAGGCGAUCGUCGGCGUCAUGGCCGUCCCGAUAUAUGGAAUUGCAUCCACGCUGAUCGUCAUCCGUGUCACGCUCGGAAUCUCAGCCGGGAGCUCCACCAAAGAGACGGAGCAUGUUUCACAGCUGGUCUGGGCCCGCAGUGCGGCAGGUCCUUCGGCCGGCGAAUUCUCUCAUGUAGCUGCUGGGACAGGUUCCACUGGGGUAGGAGGAAGCAGCACAAGGGUGCUGGGAGAGGAUGUAGACGUAGUGGAGUGUUUGGAGUUGAAAUUGGAGGGUGGUCAUGGCACUACCGCCCCAUCUGACAACGUACUAGCAACCGUCGUAUAG